AUGCUCUUAAAUACCGUGCAAUCGGAGAAACCUUCACUUAAGAAUUUUUUGGAUUUUCGUUUACAAGAAGGCGAUUUGGAACGAGAGGAAAUGGAGCACAGUCGAUACAAGGGUGAACUAAACACAAUUCUCAAAUAUCAUUCUGAAGCGUCGGAAAUUAGGGAAGAAGUGCAACAGAUUUUAAGGAAUUUCCAGGUAAAUAUAUUUUAUUUAGGUUAUACUGUCACCGACUACCCUGCUGGUCGCGUGCUGGCAGUGGGAAAGAUUGCGUGCUUGUCCAUCGGACGAAAAAAAAUCAAAGGAGUAAAUAGUUUAUGGGAACUGCAGGCUAAGCAACAAAACAUUUAUAUGAACCUUAAAAUGGUUGAGAAAAGAAGGGAAUUGCUUGAGUAG